GCGCUGAGCAGAGAGCGCGGGGAGACGAGGCGUCGCCCGCCGGCCGGGAGGCCCCGGAGCCGGCCCAUGGGGAGCGGGCGCCCGGCGCCGGCCACGACGACCGCCGCCGCCUGCGCCGCGUCCGGCCCGUGAAGCCCAGGGACCCCCUCUGGGAGAACCCCAUGAGGGCAGGAGAGUGAUGGAGAGCACGCCCAGCUUCCUGAAGGACAGUGGCGCCUGGGAGAAGACUGGCCCCGAGAACGGCCUCGGGGGACAGGAGCUGGAGAGUCCGCUGCGAGAUGGCCCACGCCGCGGGGCCCUGUGCCUGGGGGAGCCAGCGUCCUUCUGGAGGGGUGUCCUGAGCACCCCUGAGUCCUGGCUGCCUCCCGGCUUCCCCCAGAGUACGAAGGACAUGCUCCCACCAGGGGAGGGGGCUGGAGAGCGGAAGGCCGGCUGGCUGGGCGGCAAGGAGGGGCUGCGCUGGAAGGAGGCCGUGCUCACCCACCCGCUGGCCUUCUGUGGGGCAGCUUGCCCACCCCGCUACGGGCCUCUGAUUCCUGAGCAGAGCGGCGGCCAGCCCAAGAGUGACCCUGUGGCCUUCCGGCCCUUGCACUGCCCCUUCCUUCUGGAGACCAAGAUCUUGGAGCGAGCGCCCUUCUGGGUGCCCACCUGCUUGCCACCCUACCUGGUGUCCGGGCUGCCCCCAGAGCGCCCAUGUGACUGGCCUCUGGCCCCGCACCCCUGGCUACCCUCAAGCGGCCAGCCGAGAGUGCCCCCUGCCUUCAGCUUAGGCAGCAAGGGCUUCUACCACAAGGAUCCGAGCAUUCUCAGGCUGGCAAAGGAGCCGCUGGCAGCUGUGGAACCCGGGUUGCUGGGCUUAGCCCCUGGUGGGGCUCUCCCGAGAACGGGGCCGCUGGAACGCCCCUCGCUCCCCCAGCGGGAUGGAGAGCCAGGAGUUGGCCGGCAUCCGAGUCUUUGCCCGCUUCUCCUGGGACAUCCAGACACUGUUCCCCGGGGCCCCUGGCCCGUGUGUCCUCCAGGCCUGGUUCAUACUUUCGGCAACAUGUGGGCCGUGCCAGGCAGCGGGAGCCUUGGGUACCAUCAGCUGGGAACAUCCGCCACAUCACGAUGUCCCUCUCCCGGGCCUCCUGUCCCCCAGGUGGGUUGUUGCUCAUCUCACCCACCUCUCGAUGGAGGUCUUGGCCCUUGCGGGAAGUGCCAAGAGGGCCUGGACAUGGGCACCAGUGAACCGGGUGAGUCCAACGAGGAAGCGAGCAAGGCCCCCACACCCAGGGCCUGCCCGCCCAGCCACCACACCAAGCUGAAGAAGACCUGGCUCACGCGGCACUCAGAGCAGUUUGGGUGCCCAGGUGGCUGCGGGGGGGACGAGGAGAGCCCAGGUGCCCCCCUGAGGGCCCUCAAGAGGGCAAGCAGCCCUGAGGUCCAGGGAGCAGUGGGCAGCCCAGCCCCGAAGCGCCCGCCUGCCCCUUUCCCAGGCAGUGCAGGGCCCGGCCCCAGAGGCUGGCUGAAGACUCAGGAUGCAUCACCUGGGAACAAGGCGGCGGAGGCAGAACAAGCUGGCCACAGAGGACCCCAAGACGGCAGGCCCAGCCGCCAGGACGCAGGGCCACAAGACACGCCUUGCCUGACGGCCCCAGCGGCCACUGUUCAGUGUCAGAGCUGUGCCCAGGCGGCGGGAGAUGCGGGAGGGCAGGCCCGCUGCGCCCAGCAAGCACCCAGGUCACCGGACGGAGGGGAGCGGCAGCAGGAGGACUCCUUGGCUGCCGGCUCGGAGGAAGGAGGAGGACCCGACGCAGAGGCCCAGCUCAGCCUGGGCAUCGCCAAGCACCUGCUGAGUGCUCUGGGGGACCGGCUGUGCCGUCUGCUGCGAAGGGAGCGCGAGGCCCUGGCCCGGGCCCAGCGGGAAGUAGGCCAGGGGCCAGACGGGGCAGAGGACAGCCCAGACAUCGCGCGCUGCUGCAGCCGCUGCCGCCACGGACUCUUCAACACCCACUGGAGAUGCCCCCGCUGCAGUCACCGGCUUUGUGUGGCCUGCGGCCGCAUGCUGGGCGCCGGGCGGGCCAAGGGCAGAGCAGGCUCUCAGCAACCCGUGGAGGAGUGUGCCUCUGAGACCGGCCACAGUGCCUGCUCCCUGAUGCUCACCCAGUUCGUCUCCAGCCAGGCUUUGGCAGAGCUGAGCACCGCAAUGCAUCAGGUCUGGGUGAAGUUUGACAUCCGGGGACACUGUGCCUGCCAAGCUGAUGCCCGGGUGUGGGCUCCGGGGGACGGGGGCCAGCAGAAGGAGCCGACAGAGAAAACACCCCCAACACCCCAACCUUCCUGCAAUGGGGACACCAACAGGACCAAGGACACCAAAGAGGAGACCCCUGGGGAGGACCGCGCUGGCCGAGGGCCCCUGCCUUGCCCCUCUCUCUGUGAGCUGCUGGCCUCCACUGCCGUCAAACUCUGCCUGGGGCACGAGCGGGUCCACAUGGCCUUUGCCCCCGUCACUCCAGCUCUGCCCAGCGAUGACCGCAUCACCAACAUCCUGGACAGUAUCAUCGCGCAGGUGGUGGAGCGCAAGAUCCAGGAGAAAGCGUUGGGGCCGGGCUUGCGGGCCGGGCCAGGCCUGCGCAAGGGCCUGGGCCUGCCCCUCUCGCCCGUUCGGCCCCGACUGCCUCCCACGGGGGCUUUGCUGUGGCUGCAGGAGCCCCGGCUGCCUUGUGGCUUCCACCUCUUUCAGGAGCACUGGAGGCAGGGCCAGCCCGUGCUGGUGUCAGGGAUUCAGAAGAUGCUGCAGGGCAGCCUGUGGGAGACAGAUGCCCUGGGCUUCCUCGGGGGCCAGGUGCAGGCCCUGAGCCCUCUGGGGCCGCCCCAGCCCACCAACCUGAGCAGUGCCACGUUCUGGGAGGGAUUCUCCCGGCCUGAGAUUCGCCCGAAGUCGGAGGAAGGGUCCGUGCUCCUGCUUCACCGCGCACUGGGGGCCGAGGACGCCAGCAGAGUGGAGAAUCUGGCCUCCAGCCUGCCGCUCCCGGAGUACUGCGGUCGCCAAGGGAAGCUCAACCUGGCCUCCUACCUCCCCCCGGGCCCUGCCCUGCGGCCCCUGGAGCCCCAGCUGUGUGCAGCCUAUGGGGUGAGUCCACACCGGGGGCACCUGGGCAUCAAGAACCUCAGUGUGGAGGUGACCGACCUGGUCAGCGUCCUGGUCCGUGCUGAGGCGCCGCUGCCCUCCUGGCACCGGCCCCAGAAAGACUUCCUCUCGGGCCUGGAUGGGGAGGGCCUCUGGUCACCAGGCAGCCAGGUCAGCGCCGUGUGGCACGUGUUCCGGGCACAGGACGCCCAGCGCAUCCGCCGCUUCCUCCAAAUGGUGUGCCCGGCCGGGGCAGGCAGCCUGGAGCCUGGCACCCCGGGCAGCUGCUACCUGGACGCUGGGCUGCGGCGGCGCCUGCGGGAGGAGUGGGGCGUGAGCUGCUGGACCCUGCUGCAGGCGCCCGGAGAGGCUGUGCUGGUCCCCGCAGGGGCCCCCCACCAGAUUCAGGGCCUGGUGAGCACAGUGAGUGUCACCCAGCACUUCCUGUCCCCGGAGACCGCGGGCCUCUCCGCUCAGCUCUGCCAUCGUGGACACAGCCUGCCCGCUGACAGCCACCUGCUCUGUGCCCAGAUGGACUGGGCUGUGUUCCAAGCAGUGAAGGUGGCCGUGGGGACAUUACAGGAGGCCAAAUAGGGGUCGCGGGUGUCCGGGCUCAGGGCAGGAGGAGGUGGGGGAGAAGGCGCUCAUGCCAGAG